AUGAUAGAGCUGAGGUUGCAAGGUCAGGCCUCUAAUUUUGGGAAAUACCUGGGCCUCCCGGCAUUUGUGGGAAGGAAUAAAAGGAAUGCUUUCUCUUAUAUUGAGGAUAAAAUUAGGCAAAGAAUUGGUUCUUGGAAUAAAAAGUUGUUAUCUAAGGUAGGGAAAGAAGUCUUGUUGAAAAGUGUGGCCCAAGCUAUGCCUACCUUCUCAAUGGGGGUUUUCCUGCUCCCUGAUUCGGUUUGUUUGUCAAUUGAGAGAACCAUGAACAAAUUUUGGUGGGGAUCUGGUUCAGAGAGAGGGAUCCAUUGGAAAGCAUGGGAUCGGUUAUGUGUACCUAAAAAGUUUGGUGGACUGGGGUUCAAGGAUCUUCAUGCCUUUAACUUGGCUAUGCUGGAGUAUAUAAGGCAAGGUACUACCCGAAAUCCUCUUUUUUUUAGUGCUACAGUGGGAAAUUGUCCUAGUUACUGUUGGAGAAGUAUUAUGGCUGCCCAUGACUUGGUAUGCCAAGGUGUGAGAAAAAGAAUUGGGGAUGGGAAAUCAACGUUAAUCUGGAGCCAUCCCUGGCUUCCUGAUGACCUUAACCCAAUGAUUAAUACGCCUAUGCCUCCACAGUUGAACGGUUCUCUUGUUGUAGGAUUGAUUGAUGAAGGCUCAAGCUCUUGGGAUUAUUCAAUUCUGACUGAUAUUUUUGCCCCAGAUGAUGUGACUCGUAUUAUGAGAGUGCCUAUCUCCUCGGACUAUGAGGACUCAUGGUAUUGGUUUGGAGACUCGAAAGGUUGUUAUUCGGUCAAAGGGGGCUAUCGUUGUAUUGUUGGUAACUUUGAGGGUUCACCAAACUGCUUUGUUGAUUGGACCUCCCUGUGGAAAAUUAAAGUUCCUCCCAAAUGGAAGACAUUUUUGUGGAGGGCCCUUAAUGAUAUUCUCCCGGUGACUACUAAUUUGCUUUUGAAGAGGGUUGAGGUGAAUCUGGAAUGUCCAAUGUGUGGGUUGAGUCAUGAGGAUACAAUGCAUGCACUAAUUUUAUGGGAUUUCUCACAACUAGUUUGGCAUGAAUCACAAUUACCUUUCUCUAGCAUUUUAGGUGACUCAUUUAAUUUGUGGUGUGCGAAUAUGAUAAGUUCUUUGAUCGACGAAAAUAUUUGUAUGACUGUAGCUAUCUUGUACCGUAUCUGGCGCGCAAGGAACAACGCAGUGUGGGAUGGCUUUCUCCCAACGCCGAGGAGGUUGGUGGCUACUGUCGCGGCUACGCUGCAUGCGUGGACGGCGGUGAAUGCGCCUCAGCAUCAGACGGUUCAAGUUGCGUCGCCGGUGGGAGGAGUGCAGCACGUACACCACCCUGCUACUCUGAGAUGCUACGUCGAUGCCAGCUUCCACCACAAUACUCUCAAGGCUUCUUUCAGGGCUGUUCUCGUAACAACUCAUGGUGGCUUCGUCGCUGCAUGCGGAGGGCCAUUGCCAGAUUCUUUCUCUCCUCUCAUGGCGGAAGCUGCUGCAUGUAAAGAAGCAUUGGCUUGGCUCAGGAAUAGGGGCAUCGACUCUAUUCAACUAUGCUUGGACUGUUCUCAACUUCACAGUGCUCUACAAAGACCGGAGUCCUCUCAUUCCUACGCUGGUUUAUUUAUUGAUGCUUGCAAGACUUCUUUAUCUUCUUUUUUGAAUUGUCAUAUUAGUUUGAUUUCUAGAUCUUUGAAUUCUUUGGCUCACACUCUAGCUGUUACUGCUGGUUCAUUUUUGAAUUGUCAUAUUAGUUUGAUUUCUAGAUCUUUGAAUUCUUUGGCUCACACUCUAGCUGUUACUGCUGGUUCAUUUUUGAAUUGUCAUAUUAGUUUGAUUUCUAGAUCUUUGAAUUCUUUGGCUCACACUCUAGCUGUUACUGCUGGUUCAUUUUUGAAUUGUCAUAUUAGUUUGAUUUCUAGAUCUUUGAAUUCUUUGGCAAACACUCUAGCUGUUACUGCUGGGGUUCGAACAUUUGUCCUUUGCUACACACUUGCUAUUACAAGCUUAUCUAGUAGAUGUGCUACCAACUCUUCUACCAACAUUUCUCCUUGA